AGCGAUUGGAUUCGCCUUUCUGUCGCUCACGUGCUUCUUGUUUGGAAGUGAGCAAACAUGGCUGCGCCCGCAACCGAAGUGGAGGUAGUUCCCGUCAAAAAGCCUGCAGCGCGGGGCCCUCGGCGGGUAGCCAAUCAAAUCCCAGAUGAAAUCCUCCAAGACCCUGAGCUACAGGAAGCCAUCAAAGUCCUGCCGUCAAAUUACAACUUUGAGAUCCACAAGACCGUUUGGAGAGUGAGACAAGCAAAAGCGAAGAGAGUCGCUUUGCAGCUUCCGGAGGGCCUGCAGAUGUUUGCUUGUGCCAUCGCCGACAUCAUAGAGAGAUUCACGGAGGCGGACACCAUCAUAAUGGGGGACGUGACGUACGGCGCCUGCUGCGUGGACGACUUCACUGCCCGUGCCCUGGGAGCAGAUUUCAUGGUUCACUAUGGCCACAGCUGUCUGAUCCCCAUAGACUCCACCGCGGGGAUCAAGAUGCUGUAUGUGUUUGUGGAUAUCCAGAUGGACAAUGCACACUUCCUGGACACAGUGAAGUUCAACUUCAGUCCUGGACAAUCCCUGGCACUUGUCAGCACCAUUCAGUUUGUUGCAGCAUUGCAGGCUGUGAGUGCAGCCCUGAGGCCAGAGUAUGAUGUGCUUGUCCCCCAGUGUCGGCCUCUGUCACCGGGAGAAAUUCUAGGCUGCACCUCUCCACGCUUGGACUGCCACGUCGAUGCCAUAAUUUAUCUUGGAGAUGGAAGAUUUCACUUGGAGUCGAUCAUGAUCGCAAACCCAGACAUUCCCGCCUACAGAUAUGACCCCUACAGCAAGGUGUUCUCCAGGGAGUACUAUGAUCACAAGGCCAUGCAAGCCACCAGGCUGCAGGCCAUCGACCAGGCUCGGCUGGCCCAGAGAUGGGGUCUGAUCUUGGGCACGCUGGGCCGACAGGGCAGUCCCAAAGUCCUGGAGCACCUGGAGUCAAAGCUCGAAUCUCUGGGCAAGUCCUUCACUCGAGUGCUGCUCUCUGAGGUCUUCCCCAGCAAGCUGGAUCUGAUUACAGAUGUAGAUGCGUGGGUCCAGAUCGCCUGCCCACGCCUCUCCAUCGACUGGGGAACAGCCUUCUCCAAACCCCUGCUGUCUCCGUAUGAGGCGGCUGUUGCUCUGCAGGAAGUAGGCUGGAAGGAAGUGUAUCCCAUGGACUUCUAUUCCAAUCAGAGCUUGGGGCCGUGGGCACCCAACCACCCUGAAAACCAGCCGGCUCGGCCCGCUCGGAGACACGCCCAGAAACAAGGCACCGAGCCAGCCCUUCCCUCCAAGACGUGCGAGCGGAGUCGGGGCGCCCCCUGCAGAUGUGAAGAGGGAGCGACAGCCUCGUGACCGCUGCUGUCUGUGAUUCAUCUCAUGCCUGCCUCUUUUUACAGAGAGAAAGAGGUCAGAGGGGAGGGAGGAGAGGACGGGGAGGUAGAGCGGACCUGACGAGAAGCAAAGAGAGAAGAGUUUUUAUCCUCAUUAGCAGGAUUAGCAGCAAGAUCUAAUCCCUAAUCACAUCCCAGCAGAUCAAACAAACUCACAUUUUGACUGUAUGCCUUUUUCUUUUUAAUGUGAGGGGUUCUUUCUCAUAAAGGAGGUGUUUAUUUGCUUUAAAUCUACCUGCACUGCAGCCCCCACUCCUCCUCCUCACCUUUUCUUCAGCACAGACAUUUGUGACGGAGAGAAAGAACCGGGAGCCGACCUUGAGCGGCGCGGUAUGGAAAGCCUGUUGACGUGGGCGUCUUCAGUCAAACGCGGCCCGUUUUGUCAGAAAGCGCUGCAAUUUGCCUGACAUUUCCCAUGCCACUCAGACGGUUUUCUUUGUUUGUUUGUUUGUUUUUUAGUGGGGAGGCACUUCUGCGGACAUACGGGCAGAAAAAUAUCAACGUUGUCUGGCUCGCUUUACCCUCUCCCAUUUUCAGAACAAUUAAUCAGAUAUCGAACCCUGUGAGGUUGUUUUAAAACGCAGCGCGCUUGUUUACGAAGCCAAGUCCUGCGAGUUCCUAGAUGUGAGCCGGAGCUAGUCACGACUGCUCUCCAUCCUCAUUAUUUAUUAAUGUUGGACCCUGUCGAUAAAUAAAUAUAAAAAGAAGAAAAUGAAAAAAAAAAACAACCCCACUAUAUUGCUGUUUUCCUGCAGCAGUAACUGAUUGACAGUAGCCGGCUGCGGCCUCGGAGGAAGAAGUUGUGAAACUUCCCUCACAUCACUGGCUUCUGUCUCAGGUGUAUAGAGUUGUCUUUUGGGGUUUAUGCGGCUACAGCUACUAGCAGGCUUCUCUUGUCAUAUUCAUCAUCUGUUCUCCUCGGCAACAAAAAGUCAGCGUGAUGCAAUUCUCCCGCCAGUUAUCAAUAUUUCUCAUGAUGUGCAUCCUCCCCUCCUCCCCUGCUAGUGGCGGAUAUUUUAAAGCGCUUUGUACUCCCCAUCGCAGACUCUGUGAUCCUCAGUGGAGGGGUCAGGAAUAAAUUAUUGACCAGCAGAGUGCUCUCUCUCUCUCUCUCUUAUUUUUUUUCUGUCUGUUAGCUGAUGUUUUAUUUAUUUUUUAGCAUAUUCUGUCAGGAAAAAGGAGUGAGUUUUUUUGUUUUUUUUAUAAAUCCUCUUUCCUCCCCCAUAUAAAGUGCUCUGCUUUUCAUCUGAAGUCGAAAUCAAUAAAAUAUAAACUGAUUUCUAAAUAUAACUUUUGUGAAACAAAUGUGUCAUUUAAAGGUCAAGUUUACUUAUUUUACUUUUAUAAACAUUUUGCAUUUGUACAACUUCUAGCUGCUUUCAACACAUUUUUUUAGGUGGAUUUGUUCAUGAGCAAAAAAAAAAAAAGAAAUAGUUUAGAGUUAUUAGUUUUUCAUUUCCCUCGUCCCACAGCGAUUUUAAACACCAAGCGUGAAAAUCUGCCAGAAUGUAAUUGUUGGAUGUAUCUGUUCCUCGCGUUGUUUCAUCAUGUGACACUUAGAAAUAUCAGAGUUAAUAUGUUUUGCACAUAGUUUGUUAUAAAAUUAGUUAUUGCCCUUGAGCUUCUUCACAUUUUGUUUUAAAGCGUCUUACAAAUAUAAAUCUGAUAAAUAAAGUUUAUCAGUAUAAAAUGUAUAUGAUUUAUUCAAAGAACCCAAGCUUCUAGCUGCAAAUGUGUCCCGUCUGUGUCUAAUUUAAUCCAGCUGUGCUGUGAAGGCCUCAGAUGUUUAUUAGAGAACAAAAAGCAUCAUGGAAGACGAGGAACACACCCUGCAGACUCAGGAUGAAGCUGUGGAGGAGUCUAAAGCAGAGUUAGGCUCAUAAAGCAAAAUUCCAGGCUUUGAACUUCUCACAGAGCACCGAGACUCUGUUUUAGGAUCAUGUUCAACUUGUCAUUUCACACUGUACUGUAAAACAGUUUGAAAACCUUUUAUUAGGGAUCCAAGUGAUCAGUUAAUGAGUUGAUCUAAAGUUGAUUGAGCUUAUCGAUCAGCUAACGACCCAGAUAGCAAAAGAUGUUCAUUCAAUGUUGAGUUAUGAUCACAAAGGUUGAUUUUUUUUUUUUUUUUCCCCGUUAAGGUCGAUGACUGAUGGUGGAUCAAACAUCAAUCAUCCAUUUCUAGUCAAUUACCCAAUGCUGAAAACUUGUCUUUAAAUCAAUUUUGUUUUGUGGUCGAAUUCUAAUGAUUGAAAUACCAACGUCUAAUCAAUUAUGGAUCAACAGCUUCCGACUGUCAGAACUUCAUUCUACUCUGAGCACUUUUUUAGGAAACACUGACCUUCGGUGUGCCGCAGAUGUAAAACACAAUUCAGGUAGUUAACAG